AUGUCACCUCUUUAUGAACUUUUAAGAAAAGAUGUAGAAUUCAAAUGGUCGAAAUCUUGUCAAAAGGCAUUUGAAAUUUUAAAAAGGGAGGUAACUUCGGAUAAAAUAUUGGUUCAUUUUAACCCCAAAUUGCCUAUAUUACUUUCAACCGACGCUUCCAAUUGCGCAGUAGCUGGAAUUUUAUCCCACAUUGGAGCAGAUGGGUCAAAGAAGCCCAUAGCAUUUGUUUCUCGUGCGCUAACAAAAACCGAAAUAAAUUAUAGCACUAUACAAAAGGAGGCGUUAGCUAUUGUGUUUAGUGUAACAAAGCUUAGACAGUAUUUGCUCGGUGUUCAUUUUACUUUAGAGUCAGAUCACAAACAACUUUUAGCCAUUUUUGGAGAAAAUAAAGGUUUGCCAGUGAUGGUGGCAGCUUGGAUCCAAAGAUGGGCUUUUAUUUUAUCCGGUUUUAAUUACACCAUGCGUUAUGUUAAAGGUACUGAAAAUUCUGCAGAUAAUCUGUCUCGGUUUCCUCAACGUGAAGUUGAAGAGGGUAGUGAAGACUUUGGUUUUAUUAACUAUAUUAGUGGCGAUAAUAAGUUAAAUUUAAAUUUUAAGAUUAUGGCUAGGGAAACUAGGCGCGAUCCUACCUUAUCUAAAGUCAAAGAAGCCAUCCAGUUCGGGAAAAUUAUGUCAUUGAUUGGUGAAGAAUUUGUCCCUUUCAUUAAUCGUAAAGAUGAGCUUUCGGUAGAAUACGAUUGUAUUUUAUGGGGUUUCAGAGUGGUGGUUCCACUAAAGUUACGUGAUAAAGUUUUGCGACAAUUGCAUUAUUCGCAUUUUGGGAUUGUGAAAACCAAAUCUCUAGCUCGGUCGUAUGUAUGGUGGCCUGAAAUAGACCACGAUAUAGAAAAAUACAUUUCUAAUUGUAUUCCAUGUAAGAUGAGCCAACCAAGUCCUGAGAAAAGUCCAUUAAUGCCGUGGAGGCCUACGGAUUCUCCUUGGUCUCGGCUACAUAUUGAUUUUGCGGGUCCUAUUAAGGAUUUCCAUUUUCUUUUAAUUAUUGAUUCGUACUCAAAAUGGGUCGAAAUAUUUAAAACAAAAAGUAUAACAUCAAGUUUUACUAUCAGUAAAUUGCGUGAAGUCUUUGGAAGGUUUGGUUUAGCUGAUAUUUUAGUAAGUGAUAACGGCCGACAGUUUACUGCGGAAGAGUUUCAGGUUUUUAUGAAGGCGAAUAAUAUCAAACAUAUUUUGACGGCUCCGGGCCAUCCGGCUUCCAAUGGUCAAGCCGAAAAUUGUGUUAAAACUUUUAAAGAAAGUCUUUUGGUGAAAAGUGAAGGUGAAAAUAUAGAUGAAAUAAUGAACACAUUUUUGUUUGAUUAUAGAACAACGAAACAUUGUACUACCGGUGAGACUCCGGCUAAAUUAUUGUUAGGCAAGGAGGUAAAGACCCGCUUUAGUAUGCUUAGUCCACCUUUAGUAAAAAACAAAAUUGUUGAGAGUCAAUGGUCAAACAUCAAGAAUCAUAAAGAUUAUUCGAAUCCAAACAAAGCUUCAUGGCAAGAAGCUACAGUAAAAGAACGUCUAGGUCCGCAAUCUUAUCAUUGCAUUUUAACUCGAAAUAACAGAAUAAUUAAAAGACACGCAUAUCAAAUGAUUAGUGGCACACAGAAUAAAUAUGACAAUGCUGAGGUUAACGGACAAGGAGCUUCUAGUACUUCCACUGAUAAAAAGGCAUCAGAUCCUGAUAAAUCAGCUUCUGGGGAGGUUAGCGGAGAGCAGAACGUUACUCCGAGGCAUAAAGAGAGUAUUUGUCGAAAUUUAAGGCGUUUGAAACGUCCUAAUUACAAAGAAUAA